AUGUUGAUGGCUGUGACAGAGUCUAUACCUCUGGACUUUGAACAUGCAGCAAUGCAGACCACCAGGCUCUUGAAGAUGCCUACUUCAAGCCUGCAAAAGCUCUCUUCUAGCUCCUCUGAUAGUGGUGGUAGUAACUCUAACAGUGCAAACAAAGAUCUCGAGGUGAUCCUUGACUCUGAAUGUGAUAAUAAGCCAGAGAAUGGCAACAGACACCUCAGAGCAAGGUUUAGUCAACACCAAACUGAUAAUGAGCGGCUUAUCAUGUGGACUUGUUGGGUGAUAUUAGUGCAGGCUAGAUUUUUUGGGUCUGAGACCAUCGCUGCUGUUAAUGAAUUUGCAAAGAUGGUAUUCCCUACUGCCACAUCAACACCUGAAUUUUUCAUCUUCAACAACAACUGCAAGCUCCGUGCUCACCAAGAUGCUAUUGGUGAUGACCACUUCGCCACAACAGGGAUGCCUGUGGACGUGUUUCACUUCAACUCAAAAUACAAGGAAACUGACACCUACUGUCAGCAGCACUGCAACCCUGCCACUUUCCCAGAGCUCAUUUCUGGUGGCAAGUAG